AUGGACUUUAGGAAAGCACUUUUGAAAGAACCCGCGGCGCCGGAAACGGAAUCGCCGGGGGAAAGCGACCGCUCACCGGAAGAACAAGACCUUCUUGAGAGAAGUACCAAGAAGUGGAAAAGGGGCGAAAGAUCGCUGGAGUGCCACAGGAGCUCACCGAUGCCAGCAGAGAAUGCCCCAAUCAAAGAGGAAGUAUCAGAUGAGGAAGAACUAGACGAAGCCAAUUCUGACCCAGACUGCCCAACAAUCAUUGUAACCAAGGCUGAGAAAGUGAGAUUGCGGAGACCUUGGCGUCGAUCCCUUAUUUUACGUGUUCUUGGCCGCUCAGUGGGUUAUUCAUACCUCCACAGAAGAUUAACAACUUUCUGGAAACCAGAAGGUAACUUUGAAUUAAUUGCGCUUGAGCAAGAUUACUUCAUCGCUCGUUUUGAAUUCCAGGCUGACUAUGAUUUCGCAAGAUUCGGAGGACCUUGGAUGGUUUUGGACCACUAUCUGGUUGUCCAAGAAUGGAUCCCGAAUUUUGAUCCCACCACCAACAAAACGGAGAAGCUACUGGUAUGGGUACGACUACCUGCGAUCCCGGUUGAGUAUUUCGAAGAAGAUUUUUUGUGGAAAAUAGGGAAGAAGAUUGGCCGCCCGAUCAAAAUAGACGACACUACAAGCCUUGUCUCAAAAGGUAAAUUCGCAAGAGUUUGCGUAGAAGUUGAUAUGACCAAACCACUAUUGGCGAGGUUCACACUGGAAGGGAAAGCCUGGCCAAUAGAAUACGAAGGAAUUCACUUGGUUUGCUUUAAAUCUGGAAUUUAUGGACAUCGGCAAGAUCAAUGCGGCUCGCCGGCCACACCAGACCCUGAUGCUGCGAUGGAACAGGAUGGGAGAGCUGACAAUACGGAACCAACCCAUGGCGGUGAUUUCUUGGAUCCUCUUGUCAAGAAUAAGCCUACCAAGUCGAGGCUUCCGGCGGAAAAAUACGGCCCCUGGAUGCUAGUCACCCGGAAACCCAGGCGUCCGCCAAGAAAACCAGACACACCAACCGGUCAACAGAUACUCGAGAAGGGAGACCUAUUUUCCAGAGGAUGA